GCCACACAAAGACGGUCAACAAUCCACAAUCCAGCCUUAGAAAUGCCAAAGUAUAGCAACUGCGCCACCUGCGGCGCCGAACGCGGGGACUUUCCAUUCUGCCUGGAGUGUGAGAAGAAGUAUGCUGCCGCCGAAGAAUCCGAUGUCGACAGCGUCCCAACCACUCGCGCCAAAAAGAGAGCUGCUCAUGGCCGCGUUAAGAACAAAGAUUCCGGUGACGCCAUCGCGUUGAGGUUAAAAUCCGCCACCAAUGCUGCCCGGGCGCGCAACGAUGGCCCACAAGCUCCUGGAACACAGAUGGAUCUUCCGAGCCUCCGUCAGUCUGACACGAACUCUGGGAUCUAUCCUGGGCCGCUGACCUACGACUUUCGGGGCAACAUAGUGGCUCAGGGCAGCAACAACAACCUCCAAACCGGACUGAGCCCAGUGCCGGCCCCCAAUCAAAGCCUCGGCCAGCUCUCGCUCCCGCAGGGCUCUCCCAACAGUCUGCCGAUGCCUAACUGGCCGGUCCAAGACUACCCAACCCCCAUGGUGAUCUUCAAUCCGGUCACGGGUCUAUUCGAAGCUUCGCAGGGGUUCUGUCUUCCCCAGUUUGUCCCGCAGCAGGGCGGAGAUGGCGUCAACGCCUUUCUGCCGAACCCGAACCAACCAUUCAACACCCCAGACAAGGGCACCUCGAACAACGCCCUCAUCUUCCCCGACGACUGGAACCCAACAACACCCACCACGCCCAACAACAACAAGACCAACAACCCCCACGACGGCCUACCCUACCACCCCAACUACAACUCCAUCCCCCGCCAAACCCAACUCCGCCUCCAGCCCCACCAACUCCAGCACCCGAACCCCAACCCAACCUACACCACCACCCUCCCCAACACCUCUUCCACCUCCGCCUCCUCCUCAUCCAAGACCACCCGCCGCCGGCCGUCGACGUACGGCACGGGGGAGCGCGGGCGGCGCAACGCGCGGCUGCACGCCGACGGCCUGUGCAUCUGGUGCCAGCGGCCGAAUCCCGACCUGCGGCGCAAGGGCUGCCCGGCGUGCCUGCCGCGGCGGGCGGCGACGACGGCGCGGUGGCGGGAGAUUGAGAAGGGUGUUGAGGGUUGAGGAAACGGAGGGACGGAGUGGUGGGGAGGUGGCAGAGGCAGAGGUCGGGGUGUAAAGGGUUUGGCGGGUUGGUUGGUGUUAACGUGUGGAUGAGAGGGGAAUCUGGUAUGACUUGCAUGAUAUCACGACUAGGUUAACGAGGCGUUGGGUGUCUGGUUGUUUACUUGGAUGGUACAUGUACCCAGGGUUUGAUUUAUUCGGAGUUAGUUCAUGGUGAUACUUCAUGCACCAUAUUAGGGGAUAACGUAACUCGCUAUCAACCAC